GUUGAAUUUCAAAAGGAGAAGCAUUCAGGUGUGAGUAACGUUCAACUGUUCCUCCAGAGCCUGCGGUCACAAUGGCAGAUGAUUUGAACUACUCCACAAUUGUUUUCGGUACAGCUACCCCUGUUGUGGCUAAAGAUGCAGAGACUGAUAAUGUUGUGUACUCAGAAAUCAAGAAGACAAAAAAGGAAAUACCACAAACCACUCCUGUGACAACUGGGAAAAUCUCUCCUGUUUGCGAGGAUGUGGCUUUCCCCAGAUAUACAUCAUACAGACAGGCUACAGUUGCUCUGGGGCUAUUGUGUAUUCUCUUAUUGGCAGGUUUAACCACUAUGUGUGUCUUAAACGCCAAGUAUCUUUCAAAAUACACCUCAAUUUUGGCUCUGUACACCAACGAGAGCAUGGCACACAGGAUGUUGCAAGCUGAUAAGGCAGCACUGGAGAAAGAGAAAGAAGAAUUAACUGCAGAGAGAGAUCAGUUCGAAAACUCCCUGCAGCUUAUCCAACAAUUUAAAAAUUUUCCAGUUAGCACAUAUUGUACAUUAACAAUGAACAAUGUUCACUGUGAGCCCUGUAUGAAGAACUGGAUUCAGAAUGGUUCUAGCUGUUACUUAUUUUUCAUUUCGUACUCGGGAUGGCUGACCUGGAAAAAUAGUCAAAGUUAUUGCGCUGACAACGGAGGACACCUGGUGGUCAUUGACACUCCAAAGGAACAGGCAUUUAUCAAACAGAACACACCCUUUUACUAUGACACAUAUCAUGGGUACUGGAUUGGACUUUCUAAACGGAACAACUUGUGGAUUUGGACCACCGGCGCUGAGCUUCAGAACAAUGGGUUCUGGACUCCACCUAAUCAAACUCAAGACAACUGUGUGUUGUCAAAACCUGACAGUGCUGAGAUAUACAACUGGGAUGUGGCAUCUUGUGGCAUGUAUAACAGAUUUAUCUGUGAGAUGAAAGUGAUGGUAUGGCCGAGUCAAAUGUAGACAGCAAAAAAACCUCUGGACUAUUUUGUUGAUCUGUAGAAUACAAGAAGGGAAUUUAAAAUGUGUUCUGAAAAUGUCCAGUUAUCAUUAGAACUGUAGGAGCUGCUGUUAAAAUCGGCUAAUAAACGUUGACUAUGGCUUGUGAAUGGUGAAGCAGGAAAGUGGUGACCCUACAUCAGGAGACUGAAUUCUAAUAAAUCUUCAAUCUAAUAAAAGAAAGAGAACACCUUUAAAUUUUAGAUACUUAUGAACAGACACUUGGGCGUCUCAGAGAAAAUAAAUACUUUGAACAUAAAACAUUUGUAAACUUUUUUUUUAAAAACUAGACUAGGCAAAACCAUAAAUACUAAUUAAUAACUACAAAAAUCCUGAGUGUCUAUUUUCAUAUGAGCCAUUAAGCACCACUGUGGAGUGUAACAUGUAAAGAAAUUCAACCCUGAACGUGGACACAAACAAAACAAAACAGCAUUAAUAAGCGAUUCAUAGCGUCCAUCUCAUUCUACAACCAGACUCCGGCUCAGCCAGUAAUCAGCUUCAUGGUUAUGUUUGCUUUGUUUAUAUUUUGACUGUAAGCAACAAUAACAAGCUAUUAGGUAUAUUUAAUCAAAAUGGCCUUUAAAUCUAAAGAUAAUUUAGUAAAUUAAAAAAUAUAAAAUCACAAAUAAUUCAAAUAGGUGACUUCAUAAAACACUGAGCAAGUUCAUGGAGAGGAUAUGAUGAGAAUGAACCAGACCUGAAAUUCACUAAUUUAGAACAGGAUAGAAAAACUGAAAAAGAAUUUAAAAAGUCAUGAUGCAGUGCAGUACAAACAGUACAUUUAGAUCCCCUAAAAAAGGAUCACUUUUCAGAUCAUAAAAUCAUUCAUUACUCACUUUGUGCAUAAGUCACACUUUUCCUGUUCAUUUCAUUGACGUGAACAUUAACUGAAGCUUGUGACCUGCAUGUGCAUGGCUGAUUUGAGAACUACAUGAAGUACAUGAGUACAUGAAGGAACAGGUGUUCCUAAUAAAGUGGACAAGUUCAACAUAUGACAUUGCAUUUACAUAAUUCACCAGAAACCAUCAAUCUGUAUGCUUCUUUUUCUUCUUUUCAGAUGUUUUUUUAAUGGCUCUAUUCUCAGUCACUGUCUCUAGUUCCUCUUCUCUGCGUUUCCUUUUUUUUGGUUGUGAUUGUAGAGAAAGAACAAUCUCUGCUGUGCUGAUGUCUAAACUACAGCAGCUGUCUAUUUCUGUAGCUGGCGGCUUGUCUUUAUUUGCCUUGGAGGAUUUCUUUUUCCUCUUCUUGCAGGCAUCAGGUUCUGGCUGAAGCUCACGACUCUCUGGUUUUUCCGCAGACUCUUCACUGACCGGCGCAGUACUUUUUUCUGUGUGUUUCUUCUUCUUCUUCUUCUUAAAGACACUUUCCUCUGUUGGUUGAUGUUCAGUUAUCUCUUCCUGCAUCUCUGUACUUUCCUCUUCCUGCACAAGUUGGGUCUUUUUUGUCUUUCUCUUUGGGUCCACAAAAGAAUCUGCUGCAUCUUCAGAUUCUAAAUCAACUUUGUCUUUUGACCGUUUCUUUCGCUUUUUCGACAUCUCCUUGUGUUCCUGUGAAGAUUCACUGUUGUCUUGGGCCCCAUUCUCUUUGGGCUCAUCUCAGCACUGCUUUUUUUUCUUGGCUUUCUUCUGUUUGGUUUUCUCUGCCCUCUCCUGGUCUAAUGAAGAACUAAGCUCAGUGAGUGCUGCAUCACUCAGAGGUGUGGUUUUGUCCAUCUGCUUUUUCUUGCCAUAUUUUGCUAUGAACUCUUGCUCUUGUUGCUCCAGUCUGGCUAGCUUGGCACUCAUCAUAAGACCAUGUCUGGCACCUCUAAAGAUUACAAAUAAAUAAAUAAACAAAUACGUUCAAUAUAUUAUGCCACAAAUUAUUAUAGAAUUUGUUAUGAUGAUGCAACACAGACUAAGACACAAUGUAAAUCAGAAGUGCACAAUUAACUGUUCCAUGUUGUUGGCUUCCUCACAUAAAAAUAUACUAACAAAACUGCUUGUGAGCUUUU